AUGGCUGAUAUUGAAAAGUUCAAAGGCAAAGGCAGGGAUCACUCUGUAUUCGAAUCCAGUCACAGCAAAAGCGGUGACAGGCAUCUUAACCAUAACACCACUGCGCCACCAAAUUCUGAAAAGUACUCUAAUGAGAUAUUUCUAAACGAAAACACGGCAAUAAACUUAAAGAAGCAACUAUUUCACGACACAUUGUUAAUAGAUGCACUUUAUUUUUAUACAGCCAUCAAGAGUGGUGCGAAAAUAAUUUACCUGCUGAACGCCGAUAAAAUAUCGAACUACGGAGAACAACUGAAUGCCACAAAAAAAUUCAACAUCGAUGUUUCAACUUUCUUGUUGUACCAGCAGAAUAAUGCAACGACCACAGAACAGCAGAAGUCAUUCAACAGUUCCAUAUAUUACGGAUGCUACUCCAUCCAGGAAUAUGACGACACGAACGACAGUCACAGAUCUCCAUUGCACUGCUACGAUGGAAUCCUACCGGCCCUCUACACUCCUGCUUAUUUCGAAAGUUCUAGAAUGAAGAGUGAGAGAUGUGACAGAAAAAUGCCCGACAUAUCUCUUCCUGAGAAUAAUUUUGUUUAUUUUAAUUUUGAAAACGUCAUCCUAACUUCCUGCUCCUUUUGGCUCUUACCUGCCUUAAGACCACUUUUAAAAAACAGUGUAGAAAACGGUGACGUCAUUUAUAAGUGUUUCAUUCAGUGGGCUCUUUGGCAGUUCGACUGUCACAUUUCAGUGUUCUGGCAAAAUUAUUUGACGUGUGAUACCGCAGACUGCAACUUCAGAUUGAAAUGCAAGAAAGUCUUUGAAAAGUUUCACACGUGCAAGAAUGAAUGGCCACUCGCUGUCCUGUAUUGCGUCUUGAGCAUCUUCCGACGCUUGUUCUCCAGUGCAUCUUACGCCAGCCUAGAUAACUGGAUGAAUGUUUUGAGAGAAAUUAAUUUCAAUAUAACUCAGUUUAUCGGAAGAAACAAGUGUGUCAAACAUUCACCAAUGAUUUUGCACCCCGUUCGUCAAAAAUUUGACAGCCAACAAAAACUCACCUAUGAAAUUGCAAAUCUGAAGGUAAGUGAAGAAUAUUAUGAAAAAAUUUGUUCUACAUACAAAUCUCCGAUGCAAGAUAAAAAUAAAAGUUUCUCUAGAGAACCUUCAAACCAGAACGCGGACAUUUUAUUACUAAUAACAUUCAACAGCCCUCACUACGAAACAAUUCCAUUAUUAGAACUUGUACAUAGAGCUACAUACCCUUACAUAAUAUACUGUGGACACGAACAACUCACAUACAGAAACAACAGCUCAAAUUACUACGUCAGUUUCGUUACGUACGAUCAAUAUGAAUCUCAAAAUCAGGGCACGUUGAACUAUCAAUGCGCCGUGAAAAUCAUGAAACUUCGUAUGAACUUUGAAGGAAUUCUUGCGAUAGGUGACGACAUCUUCUUGAAUAUUAAUACCUCUAACGCGUCGACCAGUAAAAAUUGGGUCGUUGCGUCGGGUGAUCAAAUUGCCGAUUUAAACACAAUGAAAGGCUGCUCAUCGAAAGCAUUUUGUACAAUACCAUUGACCUGGACUUGGUGGAAAGAGUACAGACCAGAAAUAUUCAGAGUUUAUGACAAGUGGGGAGAACUCAUGAAAAAUGAUUUGGAUUUAGAGAUUGCCAGAAACCGACUGAUGAACAUAACAGGCGGUGAAGUGCGAGCGAUUGGAAACACGGCUGACAUUUAUUUCGUAUCGAAGAAUUUCUACAGUGUCAUACUCAAACUUUUGGAUAUUUUCAUUGGCGAGAAAGUGUUCCUGGAAAUUGCGAUUCCUACAGCUCUAAGGAGCAUAAGUGGAUAUGACGACAUACUCACUCUUGAAGGACACAUGGAAUGGGGCAAUAACAGGAACAUGCCAUGGAACUUUUUAAACAAUGAAUCGAUGCGUGGAAAACAUUUCGCACACCCAGUAAAACUUUCAUACGUUCUGAAAAACGACACAAACAAUUUAAAUAUGUACUGCAACUGCAUCGUCGGUCCAACUGAAAAUCAGGGAUGCAGGCCUAAUCCAUUAGUAUCCAAGAAUAAUAACAAGAAUGUUAGUAAGAAUGCAAUAACAUACUUAUUCAACGAGUUCGUUUUUUUAGCAUCUGCUUUGGCAUCGGCAAUUCUAACGAUGGCGAGUAUCGAACCCGACAUCACCGAUACUUACCAGUGGCGAGUUCUCUACAAACUCGAGAUGAAGCCAGAUUCUCCUCUAAAUGACAUGUCUUGA